GGCUCUAUCCACCGAGGCAUACGAGAAGACGGAUUUAAAGCACGGUUUCCUCUAUUAACGAGUGCUAUCCGGUGGGGACGGGUUGCUGCUCGGAAGAUUAAAAAGCGAUGUCUUAAAAAAAAACAACCACCAACGAACUGAGCCCGUUUGCUGCCGCUUCAUCAGCUGCACGUCUGUCCGGAAGAGCAAGCCUGGAGCUGGCAAGCUGUCUGCAUCUAGGAACUCGAAGCAGAAAAAUAAAAUUACGCGAAAAUAUCCUACCCAGAUCGGAUUUUCUUGGAGGGGAUGGUACCUCAGACAGACGGAAACCGACCGCGAUAUUUGAGGAGCUUUGCCGCCCGUCCUAUGGGGGAAUUGUGGACUUCAAAGCGCUGGUUUCUGCAGGGACAGUGCUCGUGUUUUCGUGUGUUUUUAUACGACUAACCCCCGGGGCAGCUGAAGGGAAGGACUCGUAAAACAACUUUAUCUUAAUGUUUUAAACUUUAAUCUUUAAACUCCAGCUUUCGGAAUUGGGAUCCUUGAGAAGAGAAGGGUGCGAGGAACUGCAGACGUACGGGCGAGGCAGAGGCGUAUGAAGAACAGUUGUGUGUGAAACGUCUUUUUUUUUUUGAUAUUUUCAAGCAUUUAAAAAAAGAUGCGGUCUGCAUGGAAAGGCGAAAUCUUGCAGCUACAUAUUUGCUACAACUCGGGCGGCUUGACCGAGACUGGUUUGUGACAUCUAAGCAGGACUGUCUUGCUCGGAGAUUAAAUAGCUCAAUAAGGUCGAUGAAGAAAAAGUGAACAAUAUUUUCCCCGUUUUUUGGAGCUUUUUUGGGGUUUCGACUCAUCGCCACAUCGAGAGUAGCCUCGCCAGAGGGAGGGAUGUUCACGGGUACGAUCAGGAGAGGCGACUGCGAUAGGAAUCCAAACUCUGGAGUGGGAAGUCCAGGCAUGAUUCUCGCCCCGACAGGGCUGGCGGCUGCGCUAUAGCGUUUAUAGUGACAGAGAAGAGACCGUCAGACCCGUGAAAAGACCGUAGGAGACCGAGCGUUGACUUGUCCACCUUUAGAAAAUGUAGGACUGUUGUCUUCCUUGGUCAGACCUUAGCUUUUACUCAAUUUCUAGGACAGCGGACUCGAUGGGUGAAUGCCGUGCAAUUGUCAACACGCAAUAAGUAAUAGAUCAUUGCACCCCUAAAUCUAUAGAGAGGAGAGAAAAACCAGUGGAGACGUUUUCGAUUUUUUUUGUUUUGUUUUUGGUGUGAUCGCUCUGAAAGCAACUGUAAAAAGUCAGACGAAAUAAUCGAGUGGUGCGCUUGGAGGACCUGCCCCUGGAUGGUGACCUCACACCCCGCGUGCAGCCAUGAUGAUUCUGAGCAGGAAGCCCGACGGCCCGAUCACGGCAGCCCGGCACGCAGACGGCCUGUAUGAUUCGUACAUGAGGACAGAAGAGGUGGGAACCGAAGACGCUGACGCGCGCCCCCACAGCCCCUCUGCCCUGCCCCCCCUGCCCAAACACACUGGCGGAAGCAAGACUACGGCGAAGGACCAUCAUGUGAUCGGGAGCCGGGGAGGUCAGAUGAAGGUGAAGCAGCUGUACGAGGACUCGUACAACAGGAAGCCCAACAGUGUGGCGCAGCACAAUGGCACCCACGCCUCCAGCAAGCCUUUGCCGGCUCUGUCCAAGGAGAGGAGCGUUGACAGCACCAGCUCGGCCAAGUCUGGGGACAGCAUGACCAGAUCCUCCAAGCCGGGGCCCCUGUCCCCAGAGCAGGCUCUGAAGCAGCACCGGCAGCAGCUCACCGCCCUGGAGCAGCAAGAGAUCUACAACUACCCUGAGAUCUACUUUGUGGGACCAAACGCCAAGAAGAGAGCCGCGGUGGCGGGGGGCUCCAACAACGGGGGCUUCGAUGACGACCAGGGCGGGUACAUCCACGUGCCGCACGACCACCUGGCCUACCGCUAUGAGUUCCUCAAGGUCAUCGGCAAGGGCAGCUUCGGGCAAGUGGCCAAAGUCUAUGACCACAAGCUGCACCAGCACCUGGCCCUGAAGAUGGUAAGGAACGAGAAGCGCUUCCACCGGCAGGCCGCCGAGGAGAUCCGAAUCCUGGAGCACCUGAAGAAGCAGGACAAGACGGGCAGCAUGAACGUGGUCCACAUGCUGGAGAACUUCACCUUCCGCAACCACAUCUGCAUGACCUUCGAGCUGCUGAGCAUGAACCUCUAUGAGCUGAUCAAGAGGAACAAGUUCCAAGGCUUUAGCCUUCCUCUGGUACGCAAGUUCGCCCAUUCGAUCCUGCAGUGCUUGGAGGCCUUGCACCGCAACAAGAUCAUCCACUGCGACCUCAAGCCCGAGAACAUCCUCCUUAAACAGCAAGGGCGCAGUGGCAUCAAGGUCAUUGACUUUGGGUCCAGCUGCUUUGAGCACCAGCGGGUUUAUACUUACAUCCAGUCCCGCUUCUACCGGGCCCCGGAGGUCAUCCUGGGUUCCCGCUAUGGGAUGCCCAUAGACAUGUGGAGCUUCGGCUGCAUCCUGGCUGAGCUCCUGACAGGCUACCCUCUGUUUCCCGGGGAGGAUGAGGCCGACCAGCUGGCUUGCAUGAUGGAGCUCCUUGGUAUGCCUCCCCAGAAGCUGCUGGAGCAGGCUAAGCGGGCCAAGAACUUCAUCAACUCCAAGGGCCACCCGCGCUACUGUACCGUCACCACCCACAGCAACGGCACUGUGGUGCUCAAUGGCAGCCGCUCCCGCCGGGGCAAGAUGAGGGGCCCCCCGGGGAGUAAAGAGUGGGUGACGGCCCUCAAGGGCUGCGACGACCCCACUUUCAUCGACUUCCUGAAGAAGUGCCUGGACUGGGACCCUUCCAGCCGCAUGACGCCAUCCCAGGCCAUGAGACAUCCCUGGCUUUACAAACGCUUGCCCAAACCCAUCAGCGGGGAGAAGACUUUAGCUCCCAAGCGGAUUGCCGAACCCAGCACCUCUUUCCCUGGCAUUAUUUCCAAGCUGCCUCCUGCAAUCGGGGUGGCCAACAGCAAACUGAGGGCCAACAUGAUGGGGGACUCCGGUGGGAGUAUACCUCUACGUACUGUGCUCCCCAAACUCGUCUCUUAGGAUUUCACAGUCAGAAUUAUGUGUGGACUGAUUGCGUAGCAUAAAUGUAGUUUAAAAAAACAACAACAGAAAGGAGUCAAUGCACUAUUUUCUAAAUGAGUUUAGCCAUGUGGUUCAGUGGGCAAGCUAAUAUUCUAGAAAUUUUAUACCAAACCAUUUUACAUCAGCCAUUUUUUAAUUGCUUUUUGAAAAGGUUUUUAAGCACGUUUCUUUUAAUAUUUUAAUUUUUUACUUUUCUGCCUGCAGUAUAAUAUUGAAGGAAAGGUGCUCAAUGUCUAGUCUUCUACUCCCUUUUAUACGGUUUCACACUAAGUCACAUUUUUUUAUUAGUGUGCACAUACAGAAUUAGAUAGGAUCACACUCUUUUAAAGGUUCAUAUCUCUGUGUCAACAGAACUAAAAAGGGCUGCUUUAUAAUUUCGGUUUUAGCGUUAAGGGCUGCAGAAGGCUAGGUUGUUGUAAAUAGCGCAGGUAUUCUGAACAUCCUGGGUGAUGUAACUUUUUUUUCUAAAUGUUGAAUGAAGUCCUCUGCCCAUUCGUGUGCAAUGAAGGAAGUUUUUUAGUUUAGACUGCUCUAGAUGAGAAACGCUUCAUGAGCACGCACAUGUAGCACAGCACACAGUAGAUGUUGAGAACAUUUGUCAAGCCGUCACAAAGCAGGAUAUUUUCAUUAUGGACAUUUUGUAGAUGCCACUGCAAUGCCUAAAUCUUCCUUUAUAUCUGCAUGUCAGGUCAGUAUCGGCACAGUCUGACCAGUGGGUACAUCAUGACCUCAGGCCAGGGCCUGAUGUGUGUGUGUGUGUGAGCUACAGAAAACCAAAUAAUGCAUCGUCUAAAACAGCUCCGAGGUGAUGGAGUAACCCAUGUGCACGUUGGCAGAAGAGCGGGGCGUUCCGAGUUCGCCUCGCAACGAGGAGAAGGCUCGUUUACAGCCCCCUCCCGCGGUCCGAGGGUUCCUGCGGGGGCACGGACAGGGCUGGCCAGCCGGAGGUCAGUAUACUGGUCACUAGCACUGCUCACUGGUGGCCUUGGCUCCUGUAUUAAAGAGUGUUGACCAUGUUUCUCACGCCGGUCGGGCUGGCUCGCUUCCUUGACCAGUCGUGAUCCCUGAGCAGAGUGAGGUUGAGGAAUGGGAGUGUGGAGGCCGGGGGGGCGUUCGGAAAAUCGGGAAGGGGUAUCGAAUUGGAAGUAACCUGGCGGUCACAGCCAUUGGAAUCAUUCACAGCCCUUGGGCUCCAGUUUCCACACGGUGAAACGUUUUGCUAGUUUUUUUUAUGCUAUGAGAAAUAAUUACAGUUCCUGUGAGUAUGGAUCACUGUGACGUAGUGUUUCAUUUUAGCUUGCUAGAUUUUUUUCCACCUGGUGUUUUUGAGUAUUUGAAGGCUGUGUUUUAAGAAUUCCUUAACUUUGAAACUGCAUGGAGGAUUAUUGUGAGACAAAUAUUGUACGACUGUGGAUCAUGGUGACCUAUUUUUUUUCCCUUUUAUUGGAGCUGAAAUUGAAAACAUUACUGGUGGUAUUGUACUGUUUUUAUUUGCGGGGGUAGUCAUCGUCUGUUUCUUAAAAGCGACGUUCUUUUAUGAGGGAGACAAUUAGAAAAUCUUAAAGCAUUGUUUUUCUAGAUAACUUGUUCUGUAACUUGAAAUAGAUGCCUACAUAUGUGAAUUUCCCUUUUGUAUAUGGCAAACUUUCUUAAUGUCAUUCUACCAGGUUAAGUGUAUACCUACCGAUUUCAGUCUAGAUGUGCGUUUCCCUUGGGGUUCCGUGUCAUGCCAGUCACAGGCUGGGCUUUUCCCUGGCCGUUGCAGGUUCCAGCCUGGCUUAUGUGACUCACCUGCUGUGACCAGGAUUCGCCCAGAAUUGGUUCGCAAUUGUCCAGUACAGUUGCUCGAUCGAGGCUCUCUGGGCUGUGAGGGGACUAGCCUCUCCUCGGAUGGGCGCUGAUCCUUCGAGCAGUGCAUGCUCUGAGAAGGCCAGUGACAGCCGGUCGUGUGGGGGAGCCAGAGGAGCCCGUCUGCUCUUCCUCGUUCUCACCCUUGUGGGGUUAGGGGUCACUGAUAAGACACAUCGAGACAUACAGGCACAGCUGAUGAUUCUAGAUUAUCGGUAUGCAAUAAAAAGUGGUAGAUCAUUGUAAAGCUAAAAAAAAACACAUUGCAUUGGCAAUUUUGUUUCUCCUACAUAUUUCUGUGUCAAUUGAUUUGGAAAAACUCUGUAAUUUAAAAUCAAUGGUGCUGAAUUACCACAUUAGUCUUAAAAAUGCCUCUCUUGCCUUCACAAUACUCACAGACCUCUAGGCAUAGAAUGACAGAAAGGUUUCACUGAAGAGCUCUGGAAACGCCAAAUCUUUUACGAACUCAUGGAAACCAGGAUGCUUUUAAAAUGUAAUUCUUGGUAGGUUUUCUCCUUGAUUGAAAUGGAAUAGUUGUUCCUCAGAGGCACUCGAAAAUAAUUGGAACAGAAUUGUUACCGUGUAGCACUUUCAACUGUGGAACUCUGUAAAACUUGAUUACUGGUUAGCGAUGUGUAAUUAUGCAACACCAUUCACGGAUUUCUAAUUACAGAUGGAAAAGAAAUUGACAUAGUUAAAUGUGACAGAGAACCCCCACCAGGUUGCUUUUAGAAAUGGGUAAUUUUGCAAGCUGUCCUGGUUUUUUUUUUUCCUCUUCUGUUACUGGCUCAGAUUAAAUUUUGGUGGCCUGGCUGUCAACAAUAGCUAUAAAACUGUAGAAAUAAACUGCACUAGAGUCCUGAUCUGGGUAAAAAAGUUGUGUUGUGUAAAAAAACAUCAGAACUUGUCGAUGGCUGCAUUCAUCUUUUGACCCAGCAAUCUUCUCUUUGCCUUCGUCUGUCAUGAAGUUCCAAUCGUACUGAGAGGCAUUAUAAACUGUAUGUCCACUACUACACCUCACCGUUUUAAUACUCCAACACUUCCAAGAAUCUCCGUUUACCAGGAAACUUGCCUUCCUGGCAUUUUGUAUCCCUUGAGCUCGGGGAGUUGUCAGCCAGUGCCUUUGGGUUCACUCUUCUCAAAUGUAGACGCUGCACCUCCGGUCAGUUCUGUGUUUGUUUUCAAUUGUCAGCUUAUAGGAUUUUUUUACCUCUCGAUUUUAUAGACUUGAAUACAAUUUUGUUACACAAGAGCGUACAGGUUUAGCAGGGAAAAAAAAGAAAAUAAUGUGUGCUGUGUUUUAUUGUUUCCUCCAUUUGCCGAGUGUUUUAAAAGGUUGGCUACUGUUUAAAUAGCAUGUAAACCGUAAGUGUGGGUAUGAGCAGAGUGUUGAGCUGACUUUGGCGCGUUGUGUGGCGGACAGGACUGUAAAAGCAGAAAAGGGAGGCUUGUAUUAGUUUUCUUUUUGAAGAAAAAAAAUAAAUCGCUAUUAAUGGAAACCU